UUCGUAUUAUGUCAACACUUGUUGAAGUCAUUACAAAUCAAAUUAUUAUAGACGUGGUUCCGUGUGUUCGACUUUUUAAAAAUUUAAUUUUCCUUCGUUUGUUUUAUUCUAAAGAGUACGGGUAUAUCUGCUGGCAGAAGAUGUCUGGGGAUAUUCAGGCGAGAAAACGGAAAGAGAAAAAACGUAAAAAGGAUGAAGAAGAUAAUGUUACACCAUCACCUGUGGGAAAUGUUAGUGAAAAUUUAACAGACAACGUAACUAUACAUAUUUAUAAAGAAAGUACUACAGGUGGACAUUGGUGUGCCCGAAUCAUAUUUUUUGCUGUCUUGACAAUGCUUGUUGGUUUAAUUGGUGUAGUUAUUAUUGAACAUAGAGGCACUACAGACAUUAGUACACCAUUAGAAUCCUCUCGCUGGGCUUUUAUCUUUGAUGGGUGGGUAGAUGAUUCCUUGUCUUUAUCUAAUGAAGAGUCAUACGAUAAUGAAAAUGAAAACAUUGAACAAGUAGAAGAUGAAAGGAACUCUGAUGAAGACAAUGGAAAAAUAGAAACAACAGAAAGUGAAGCUUCUAAUGAAGAAGAAAUUCAAGAAGAUGAAACAUUGAAUGAAUAUGCGGAAGAAGAUAAAGAAACAAUUGAAAAUGAAUCAAAUGAAGAACAAAGCGAUAUUUUAGAAGAUGAAGAAGAAUUGAGCAACGAGAAUGAAUAUGAAAGUAGGAAGCAAAUUACAUUGGAAGAUGAUGAUUCAACAUUUGAUGAGACUAAUGUAUUAGAAGAAAUAUAUGGUAUUAGUACAGAAAAAGAUUCAGAUGAAAAAAGUGUAUUAAAUGAAGUAGAUAAUCAAUUUGAUAGAAUAUUAGAAAUGCCAAGAAACGAAGAUAUAUUUGAAGAAUAUUUAGACAUUUCUGGUGUUAAGGAAAUUAAUGAUGAUAAUAUAGAACCUUUAGAAGAGGUAGAAAGCAUAGAAUCAGAAGAAUAUGUUAAUGAUGUAGAUGUAAAGCCAGAAAUAGAAGAAAUAGAAGAAGAAUCUGCUGGUGUGGCAAUGAAGUUUGGAGUUGGUGUGGCACUUAUUGUCACUGCACAUUUUGUCCUUGUGAAACGAUGGAAUAAUGGGAAAUAUGAAGUGCAAGAUACAAUUGGAAAUAAAGUAGAAACAAAAAAAUAUAAGAAAGAAGAAGAAGAUAUAGAAAUAGAAGAACAGGUUGAUGUACAGAAGAAUGAUGAAAUCAAAGAAGAGGAGAAGAGGGAAGAGGAAGAGGAAGAGGAAGAAGUACAAGAAGAAGAAGAAGAAGAAGAAGAAGAAGAGGAAGAGGAAGAGGAACAAGAGAAUGGAGGAGAAGAGGAAGAAGGAUGGGAGGAAGAAGAAGAGGAGGAAGAAGAGGAAGAGGAAGAAGAAGACGAAGAAGAAGAAGAAGAAAAGAAAAGAAAAAAUAGACAAAAACAAGAUGAUAAAGAAGAAAAAAAGACGGAAAUAUUAGGCAUAGAAGAUGGAAAAGAAGAGAACAAAAACAAAAGAUGGGAUAAAAAAAAUAACAAAAAUGGAAAUAACAGUGAUAAAACAAAAAAAUGAAAUGGAAAUUGUACAAAAAAUGUUGAAAGAAGGAGACGAAGAAACAGACGAAGAAAUUGAAAAUUUUGACGAUUCUGAAUUGAUUGCGAAACUUGAAGCUAAAUAUGGAAAAUUAUAAACUUUAUAAAAUUAUGAAAAUAAUGAAAAAAAUAGUGAGCAUAAAGAGAAAAUAAAAAUUAACAGUUAAGUAAUUUGA